GCGACUUUGGUAGAGAUGUAUUUUGGCCCACACAGGUCACCGUAGACGGAAAGAUGGCUGCCGUGGCGCUGGUUAGCCGUCCUGCGGGUGUCCUUCCGAAGAUUUCAAGCAGCUGCUCUCCUGCAGUCCUAUCAGUUGCUUCUGUCUCCACAGUCCAGCAGAGAAAGUUGCACCAUGCCGUCAUCCCCAAAGGGAAAGGAGGACGCUCCUCGUCCAGCGGAGUAGCGGCUACUGUGUUUGGUGCCACGGGGUUCCUGGGCCGAUAUGUGGUCAACAGGCUUGGUCGGAUGGGCUCUCAGAUAGUAAUCCCCCACCGCUGUGACCAGUAUGACAUCAUGCACUUCAGACCCAUGGGUGACCUUGGGCAGCUGAUUUUUAUGGAGUGGGACGCGAGGAACAAAGACUCCAUCAAACGGGCUUUGGAGAACUCGAAUGUUGUCAUCAACCUGGUGGGCAAAGAGUGGGAGACGAGGAACUACCGCUUCGAGGAUGUCUUCGUGUCCAUCCCUCAGCAGAUCGCGAGGGCAGCAAGAGAAGCUGGCAUCACAAAGUUUGUCCACAUGUCACACCUGAACGCUGACAUACGCAGCCCAUCCAAAUACCUGAGGAACAAGGCUGUGGGAGAGGCAGCAGUGAGAGAUGAGUUUCCAGACGCUAUCAUCAUGAAGCCCUCUGAGUUGUUUGGGAGGGAGGACAGAUUCUUCAACUACUACGCAAACAUGCGCUGGUUCGGCAACGCUGUUCCUCUCAUGGGUAUGGGGAAGAAGACGGUGAAGCAGCCUGUACAUGUGGUGGACGUGGCGAAGGCUAUUAUUAACGCUAUCAAAGACCCUGAUGCUAAUGGGAAGACGUUUGCACUUGUUGGGCCCAACCGUUACCUCCUUCAUGACCUGGUGGAGUACAUCUACGCCGUGGCACACAGACCCUUCGUUCCCUACCCCCUGCCCCGCCCUCUCUACCACCUGGCUGCCCAGUUUUUUGCAAUGAACCCAUUUGAGCCGUGGACAACCCCAGACAAAGUGGACCGGUUUCACACAACAGACAUGAAGUACCCGGGACUGCCUGGUUUGGAGGAUCUCGGCAUCACCGCUUCCUCUGUAGAACAAAAGGCCAUCGAGGUUCUGCGUCGCCACCGCCGAUUCCGUUACCUGGAGGCCGACCUGGACGAGACGAAGCCAGCGAAGACGGUCAACUAUUAAAGCCCCUCAUGAGGAAGCUCCUUCCAAUGCUUUGUCUUUAAUUAUAUUCUGUACAUAAAUAAAGAAUUCUCCUCUAAA